AUGGAUCGGUUAAACAUUCCAUUAGGAAGCCUGGUCUUGACUCUUCUGUGUGGUAUUCAUUCUCGUUCGGCUCUUGGAAUCACAUCCAGCAGUGGUUGGAACAGCUCGCAAAAUCCAACCACUUCACCUACUUUAUUGCCCCUAACCGUUUCUCGUACCUCUAUUGAAACAGAAUGGUUUCAUGUUCUUUCAUCGAUUGGUUAUUCCUCUCUUGAAGCUCAGCAGCAUAUUUCGCGCUUAUGGGGCUUGGAGUUAAUCAUCUUGACUGCAUAUAAUGAGUCAGACUCUACCCAAAGGUUCCGAAUGCCCAUUCGCGAAGCCAUCUCCCCCGUAUGGCGGAUUGCAUAA